GAUGCCAUGGCUGCGGCGUUUCAGCACUCCGGCGCGUGGACAGCUCCCAUCUGCAAUACCACUGCACUCCAUGCCUUCUGCACCCCACUCUCUACCGCCUCCGCGGUCCAUCCUCCUGCCACGCCGCCCAGCCUGCGCUCCCCAGCCAUCAGCACCCUAUCUCCACCAUCGCCGUCAUCAUCUCCACCAUCACCGGCGCGUAAGCAAUGGCCUCAGGUUUCCUCCUCUUUUGGACUGCUACCACCACAUAGGGCCUGAAUGUCCUGCUGUUUGCCAAGGACAGACGGAAGAGUCUGCAACUGUCUGUUCUGGUGACAGUCUUGUAGGAGAACCAUCGAAUGGGCCACGGAUUCAGCAUCCUUUCAAGUGAAUGGGACCAGUUUCUCUUCUUCCCAAACCUCAGAGCUUAAGCAUUUGGAACGGAGGUUUGGCCAAGAUGACGCAUUUGCAGGCUGGGCUCAGCCCAGACACUAUAGAGAAAGCCCGCCUGGAACUGAAUGAAAACCCAGACGUUUUACAUCAGGACAUUCAGCAGGUCAGAGACAUGGUCAUCACCAGACCGGACAUUGGGUUUUUACGUACAGACGAUGCCUUCAUCCUGAGAUUUCUCCGAGCCAGGAAGUUUCACCAAGCCGAUGCCUUCAGACUCCUGGCCCAGUACUUUCAGUACCGCCAGCUAAACCUGGACAUGUUCAAAAACUUCAAGGCAGACGAUCCGGGGAUUAAGAGGGCUUUGAUCGAUGGGUUCCCUGGAGUGCUGGAAAAUCGUGACCACUACGGCAGGAAGAUUCUCCUGCUGUUUGCUGCCAAUUGGGACCAGAGUAGGAAUUCCUUCACAGACAUCCUCCGUGCCAUUCUGCUGUCCUUGGAAGUCCUUAUUGAAGAUCCUGAGCUUCAGAUAAACGGUUUCAUUUUAAUCAUAGACUGGAGUAAUUUUUCCUUCAAGCAAGCCUCGAAACUGACACCUUCCAUCCUUAAACUGGCCAUCGAAGGGCUGCAGGACAGCUUUCCUGCCCGCUUUGGAGGAGUCCAUUUUGUCAACCAGCCCUGGUACAUCCACGCCCUGUACACGCUCAUCAAGCCAUUCCUUAAGGACAAGACCAGGAAACGGAUUUUCCUACAUGGAAACAAUUUAAACAGCCUUCACCAGCUAAUACAUCCCGAGUUUCUGCCCUCUGAAUUUGGAGGAACCCUUCCUCCUUAUGAUAUGGGGACUUGGGCCCGGACAUUACUUGGUCCCGACUACAGCGACGAAAAUGACUAUACCCACACUUCCUACAAUGCCAUGCAUGUGAAACACACCUGCUCCAACCUGGAGAGAGAGUGCUCACCCAAGCCCAUGAAAAGAUCUCAGUCUGUGGUAGAAGCUGGGACCUUGAAACAUGAAGAGAAAGGAGAAAGCGAAAACACUCAGCCCCUGCUGGCUCUGGACUGAGCCACCAUCAUGUGACAGUCCCAUGCACAAGUCUCCAGUGGAACAGCCACCAAGGACGUCUGUGCAACUGAC